ACGCGUAAACAUUCACUUGUCUAUUUGUUAGCAUGGUGAUUGUAGUGCACAGAAUCCGUAAAAUGUGACAUAAUUAGAAAAACCCAUUAUAUAGUGACUGUAAUUAAUUUAUAAGUGUUAAAUAUAAAUUUGGACAAGAUGAUAAAAUUUUUUCAUAUCUAUUAUGCGUUAUAGUUGUAGAGUUACUACAAAUUAUUAAUCAUUAAAUACAAUAGUGUGGUUGCGACGUGACGUUUUUUGUGAAUUUCACCAUGACCAUGAAGCUUUUGUACAUUCUCUCCGGACUGGACAUCUUGAGCAUGUCCAUGUUCAUUGUGACAUUUGCCCCAUACGUUCUAAGUCUUGGAGGAACUCACUCCUUUUUAGGAGUAAUAAUGUCUAGUGCUUCGUUAAUUGGCCUAUUUUGGAAUCCCAUUGCAGGAAGUAUAGGGGAUCAUAGUGGAAGAAAAGGCAUCCUUAUAAAAUGUAUAGCUGCAUCUCUUGUAGGAAAUAUUUUAAGAAUCCUAUUUAGUUCGUUAUCUGCAAUUUUUGUGUGCCAAAUGAUAGGCGCAUUCGCUGUUCCUAGUGGCAGUUUAAUAAGAACAAUAGUCACAGAUGUUGCUAAGGACAAAGAUGAAAAAGCAGCUACGCUGAAUAAAAUUGGUGGAACGUCCGCUGCUAUGUUUAUGGUGGGUGCUUUGAUAGGUGGCUUCGUUAAUGAAACCACGAACGGCCCAAUUAAAAUUUUUAUGCUCCUUUCAGUUUGUAACAUUAUAAGUAUAUUUUGUGCAUACCUUCUACCAGACAUAAAAAUUAAACAAACCAAAGAGGAAGAAUCUAAACGGCAAAAUGCACUGUUGAAAGCAUUCAAUAGUUUGAAAGAAAUCAGUUGGAAGAAGUAUUGGCAACUAUUUACAAUCAAACUUAUGAUUGACCUGUGCUUUGGAAUUAUGCAAUCAAAUUUGGGCCUAAUUUUAGCCACAGUAUUCCACAUUAAGGGCAGACACAUGGGUUAUAUGAUGGUCAUAAUUAGUGUUUUCUCAGUUAUCACUAAUUUUGCAAUGGUGAAGUUGAAGAAAACAAUCUAUUCUUCAGAUGAAGGUUUCCAGAGGCUGACCCAUGGUUCAAUACUUUUGUUCAUUACAUUCUCAGGACUUGGCUUGAGCACAAACUUCUUUAUCUUUACCAUCUUCCUUGCCACAAUGAGCAUAUCAAGGACACUUAUUGAUUCAACUUUGACUGAUGUGUUGACCAAUCAGGCUGACGAAAAAGAUAAAGGUGGAAUACUCAGUUUGUUCGAAUCCAUUAUGUCACUAACUGGAAUGGUGUCUCCAUUGAUUUCUGGAGUGUUGGCUGAUAAAUAUGGCGAACAAAUGCCAAUUUUAUUGUGCACUAUCCCUGCACUUAUUGGAAUGGUUAUAGCUCAAAGGCAAAAUUCCAAAUCCGUUAAAACUGAAUAAAUUACCUAUUUAUUUAUUAAAUUAUGUUUCACAUAA